GUUUCAGUAUACUCUCAGGUCUCGCCCGCCACUUUCUAGAUGAGAAGUCUAGGAGAGCUGGAGAGAAGACGACUAGUAGAAGUGUGAAGAAGGUAGUCUUCGCGCAAUGUCCUCUAAUUCGAGUUCAUCUUCGCCGCCGCAGGUGGCAGCCGCGUUCUCUAGUGAUGAUCAAAUUCCAUACCGCGAAUCCAACCCUAACCGUACCCCCAAUUCUAUCGAUCAGUCGCUGGAUGCUAUAGAGAAUCAACUAGCUUCGAUUUCAAUGCUCCAGCCCGAACCUGAUCCAGUGACGGAAUUUGAUUCUGAAAGUGAGGCGGCGCGGCUGAAGGAGCUUAGAAACGGAUCUUAUAAUCAUGAAAUAAAAGAUGGUGAUGAUAAUGAGGAGACUGUUUCUGUGACUUCGCUUACUGAAGCAAGCUCACCGAGAGCUGGUGGCACGCUGAUUUGGCGGAGCAACUCCGAGGUAGAUGAAACCGAAGCAUUGCCGAGCCCAAGUAGCAGCGCUUAUGCGGGCGAGAGGGGGAGUAGUGGCUCCAGCAGCAGGGGCUCUGGAAUUGGAGAUGAGAUUCAUGAAGUCCGUAAUGAUGAAUGUGCGGAUGGGGUGUCUGAGUCUAGUGCACAAUGGGCUCCAAGAAACCGCCAUGGCGAUGAGGAUGAUACUUCUAUGUCGUGGAGAAAAAGGAAGAAGCAUUUCUUUAUUUUGAGCAACUCGGGGAAGCCAAUAUACUCUAGAUAUGGAGAUGCACACAAGCUAGCCGGAUUUUCUGCCACUUUGCAAGCCAUCAUUUCCUUUGUAGAAAAUGGGGGUGAUAGAAUCAACUUGAUCAGAGCAGGGAAACACCAAGUAGCUUUUCUUGUCAAAGGACCUAUUUACUUAGUUUGCAUAAGCUGUACAGAGGAGCCUUAUGAGUCACUAAGGGGACAACUAGACCUGCUUUAUGGUCAGAUGAUUCUUAUUCUUACAAAAUCUGUGAAUAGAUGUUUUGAGAAGAAUCCCAAAUUUGAUAUGACACCUUUACUUGGAGGAACGGAUGUUGUAUUCUCUUCUCUGAUUCAUUCCUUCAGUUGGAAUCCUGCUACCUUUCUUCAUGCAUACACAUGCCUCCCACUUGCUUAUCCAACAAGGCAAGCGGCUGGUGCAAUAUUGCAAGAUGUUGCAGAUUCUGGAGUCUUAUUUGCCAUACUAAUGUGUAAACACAAGGUCAUUAGUCUUGUUGGUGCACAGAAAGCCUCACUACAUGCAGAUGAUAUGCUUUUGCUCUCUAACUUUGUCAUGUCUUCCGAAUCAUUUAGAACAUCUGAAAGCUUUUCACCUAUUUGUUUGCCAAGAUACAACCCCAUGGCAUUUUUAUAUGCUUAUGUACAUUAUCUUGAUGUCCAGACGUACUUGGUUUUGCUUACUACAAAUUCAGAUGCUUUUUUCCAUUUGAAGGACUGCAGGAUUCGUAUCGAACAGGUUCUUCUGAAGUCCAAUGUACUAAGUGAGGUUAAAAAAUCCAUGGUAGAUGGUAUGCGUGUUGAGGACCUUCCUCUUGAUCAUAGUCCCUGCCCUGGAUCUGUGUCUUCCACUCAUCUGAGUGAGCCAAGACAUACCACAGAACCUCCAAAGAAUACUAGGGAUGCAUUUUUAGGGACUGACGGGCCUGCUGGUCUUUGGCAUUUCAUGUAUCGUAGUAUUUUUCUUGACCAGUAUGUCUCUUCAGAAUUUUCGUCAACAAUAAACACAGCAAAACAGCAGAAAAGACUACACAGAGCUUACCAAAAGCUAUACUCCUCAAUGCAUGACAAAGAAGUUGGGCCUCACAGAACUCAGUUUAGACGGGAUGAAAACUAUGUUCUCCUCUGCUGGGUUACACCAGAUUUUGAGCUUUAUGCUGCAUUUGAUCCUCUGGCAGACAAGGCUUCAGCAAUAAAGAUUUGCAAUCGGGUGUGUCAAUGGGUGAAGGAUGUAGAGAAUGAAAUUUUCUUAUUAGGAGCUAGCCCUUUUUCUUGGUGACUACUGUUUUUUUGGUUGCUCCCUCAAAUAAAUUAUUGCCUUGAUUUUUUGAUUGGCUAAGGGCAAAUUUGAAAUUUGUAGCACUUGCCUCGUAUCAUCUGUAAAAGCAAUAUAAAUUGUCAUGUCUAGAUUUGAGCUACUCAGUUUAGAAUAACUAUAGAGAUCUUUCUUUUUAUAACUUUAGCCUAGUUUCUUCAAGGCGGCCCAGGCCGUGGUUCGAGCUGUAUGAACUUUUACGUUGACUUUCCUCACACACUAAACCUAUCUUUUGAUUUUGUAUUUAUAUAUUCUUCAAACGGUUACUGGCGUGUAAAUAAUUGAGGCUUACACUGCCUAUUAACCUACAACUCCUACAAGGCUACAGCCUACAAGGCCACAAGGCCGGUUAUAAAUCCUUGAUUUUUUUAUUGUUGUUUUCCCUAGGUUUGUACAUCC